AAUACCUAUUAUUUUGUUGUAGAAACAGAGUAAGCUAUCAAGUCAACAAAUUCAGCCUUCAUAUUAUUAUUCUACUGCGUGGCUGUAGUGCUUGUUUUCAAUUCAAACGGGCUUGUUAUCUUCGUCAAUACAAUAUAAUAUAACCGCAUAGUGUUCAGACCCAAUUGGCAAUCGACUAGUUAUCAAACUUCCAAUACACUAGCACUACAAUACUAAUAUUGUUCACACCAUAAUAUAGCUCUUUAGUAACAAUCAGAAAAAGUAUUUUGAUCGCAGUAAUGGAGCCCUCGUUGUGUAACGCCAUCAUAGAGGACUCUGAAACAGGCGAAAGGCUGUGUCCAUCGCUCUCCUCAAUAAUCUCAAUCAACGUCUCACCUGAAGAUAACAGCUUGCUAAUCGCGCGUGGGAGGUCGAUCCAAACAGAGUACAAGCUAGAAGAACUCGUCGGGCUCUACACAGAUGAUGCAUACCCAGACCGGGUGGCGCUGAAAUUCAGAUCGCAUAAGCACAACGUGCUACUGCUGUGCAGCGUUCAGACUCACAUUCAGAACAUUUUGUCUUUCAUUCACGAGUACAUAGCCUUGAACGAUCAGGACCAUAUUAUUAACAACGGAUACAAGCUAGACAUGGGCUCGUUCUCGUGUAUGAAACGUUAUACGUUAGAAUUCAACUUUGAAAUUUUGUCAAACCUCGUAUUAGAAAAUGUCGGUGUGCGAUGCUUAAUAGGGCUGGAGAAUAUGCCACACCUCCGGAGUAUCAGCUUGUCGGGCAGCGAACUGGGAAAGACACGGCGUGAAAAGGAUACGUUUUGGAACUGGAUGUUGUUGAAAAACAUCGGAAAAUCGUUGACCAUUCUGUUGAUGGAUAAUGUUGAUCUGAGGGUGGUACCGUUUGAAAUGCGAAACUUGACCAACCUAGAAACUUUGUCUAUGGCACAUAAUAAACUGAAAUGUUUACCUCAUUACUUUGGUGAUCUGACCGCUAUGAGCCGAUUAUUUAUUAACGACAACAGUAUAUCAUACUUUCCAUUUGUGCUACAGAAUAGGACAUUUAUAGAUAUCAAUAUUGAAGAUAAUUUUUUAAGAUUACCGAGAGAGGGUGAGACACCGCCAGCUUAUAGACAAAAACCACCCAUAGAAAAAAGAGCUCCGGAAAAAUUAGCACAUUUAGCUCUGUUUUCGUUACUUAAUAAUAAAGUUCAAUUUGAAAGAAAAGAUAUAAAUCGUCCCCUAUGGAAGUACUUUAAUAAUAUCAGUCGUUGUAGAGAAUGUAAUAAAUGGAUGGUAGUUUAUCUAAAAAAUGCAUUUUAUGAAAUUGGUUUCUUGAGCACAGCGAAUUAUCAAUGUGUUGCAAAUAUUAUAUUAUGGCAGUAUGCUGAGUGUCUUUAUCCUUGCAAGCAGGAGUCACACAGAUAAAUGUUGAUAUAAAAAUUAUGAAAUGUAAGUAAGUAUUUAUGUUUAGAUGUAAGAUUAUGAUAUAACUUAUAUUACAAAAUUAAUUGUACUUAAUUAUUAUACUAAUUUAUUUAACUUCAUUGUAAACAAAAACAAAG